CAAAACACAAUAACUGACUAGCUAUCUCAAUGCGAUUAAAACACAGCCCCGACGUGAAUAGAAUUUUAAUUAAACUUAUCAUAAAUUAUAACGAAGAUAAACAGUACUUACAAGUUAGACUCGGAGAAAAUCAUGACAUAUAAAUGAUAUAUUUCUCAACUUUGGGGGGAUAUGCUAACAUCGCCUUCAUCCUUGAAUAUAUCAUAGCACAACAAUUUGUCACUUACCAUUUUUCACAGCUGUCAUAGCACAUGGAAUCCAUCAGAAAAGAAAAAGAAAAAACUCGUUGAGCUUUAUUUCUUCCUACCUUCACCAAAAUGCAUAUCAAAGCUCUUUACGCUAUUGCCGGUUUUACGCACCUCGUCAUCGCUGGUCCGACAGUGAGACCCGUCGAAAACCUCCCUCCCAUCGGGCCACCACCACCAAGAUUCGUGCAUGGUGAAAUCAAGAGGGCUUCAGUGCCGGAAGUCAAAAAUUAUCCUGGUGGAUUUGCCGACACAGGGGCAGCAUGUCCAAAUCUCCGAGCUUAUGAUCGUGCUGUUGCUGGUAACCACGGGACCCUUCAUCGCCGUUUCGACCCAGGCACCCUUAUUUUAAUUGGCGGUGUGUCGUGUCUCGUUCUUGGACUGUCAGCCGCCUCGCUCAGCGUAUUAUAUCACAAAUUGAUAAGACAGAUAGGCAAAGAAGAUGCGAAAGCAGUGAUUGAUGAACUAAAAGGCAAAUCCUCCACAAAUCUCGCCAAGGUGAUCGAGAUAAUCGAAAAAGAUCCUCAGACAAAAAAAAUACUCCGAGAUUAUUAUUACUCUAACACAGACGAGAGCUCAAGCGAAGGGAAAAGCAACGCAGGCUCGAGAAAAUCGUGGAGACAAGGAAAAGAGAGAGUUACUGGAUUUUUCAGACGCAAGAAGGUUGGGGCGUCAUCCCCUCUCGCAGCAUAUGUUAAGGGUAGUGAAUUGAGGCCAUCGGCGUCUAUCUAGGUAAACAUGCAUACACCGGAGACUUGAGUACCUACCUACCUUGGGUAGGAAGGGAGGCUUGAAAUGGCGGCUAGUCUGGGCGGGAAUAAACGGUCGGGCUGGCGGCCCGCGGGUUAGGGUUUCUAUAGGAGAACUAGAACAUAAUACUCAUGGC